GGGAGUUGUAGUCCGCCCCCGCCAGCCGCCUGGUGUGCGCGUCAUGGCCGUCGACACCGCGGUCCCGUCCUCUUCCGCUUGGCCCCAGAAAGUUUCGGUUCUGCCCGGCGGUGGACCCACGAGCGCGUGCCACCACGGAGUCUGACCACUGCUGAGCAGACAGCCACCGAGGGCCGAAAUUCUGAGCCUUCCUCUGGACCCAGGCAGGAGACACACAGACAAGAAAGGCAAACUCACCAUGGCCUCCACCAAUGCAGAGAGCCAGCUCCAGAGAAUCAUCCGAGACUUGCAAGAUGCUGUGACAGAACUAAGCAAAGAAUUUCAGGAAGCAGGGGAACCCAUCACGGAUGACAGCACCAGCUUGCAUAAAUUUUCUUAUAAACUUGAGUAUCUCCUGCAAUUUGAUCAGAAAGAGAAGGCCACCCUCCUGGGCAACAAGAAGGACUACUGGGAUUACUUCUGUGCCUGCCUGGCCAAGGUGAAAGGAGCCAAUGAUGGGAUCCGAUUUGUCAAGUCUAUCUUGGAGCUCCGAACAUCCUUGGGGAAAGGAAGAGCAUUUAUUCGCUACUCCUUGGUGCACCAGAGGUUGGCAGACACCUUACAGCAGUGCUUCAUGAACACCAAAGUGACCAGUGACUGGUACUAUGCAAGAAGCCCCUUUCUGCAGCCAAAGCUGAGCUCGGACAUUGUGGGCCAACUCUAUGAGCUGACUGAGGUUCAGUUUGACCUGGCGUCGAGGGGCUAUGACUUGGAUGCUGCCUGGCCAACAUUUGCCAGGAGGACGCUGACCACUGGCUCGUCUGCUUACCUGUGGAAACCCCCUAGCCGCAGCUCCAGCAUGAGCAGUUUGGUGAGCAGCUACCUGCAGACUCAAGAGAUGGUGUCCAACUUUGACCUGAACAGCCCCCUAAACAACGAGGCAUUGGAGGGCUUUGAUGAGAUGCGACUAGAGCUGGACCAGUUGGAGGUGCGGGAGAAGCAGCUACAGGAGCGCAUGCAGCAGCUGGACAGAGAGAACCAGGAGCUGAGGGCAGCUGUCAGCCUGCAAGGGGAGCAACUGCAGACAGAGAGGGAGAGGGGGCACACUGCAGCAGAGGACAACGUUCGCCUCACUUGCUUGGUAGCUGAGCUCCAGAAGCAGUGGGAGGUCACCCAGGCCACCCAGAACACUGUGAAGGAGCUGCAGACAUGCCUGCAGGCCCUGGAGCUAGGAGCAGCAGAGAAGGAGGAGGACUAUCACACAGCCCUGCGGCGGCUGGAGUCCAUGCUGCAGCCCUUGGCACAGGAGCUUGAGGCCACACGGGACUCACUGGGCAAGAAGAACCAGCAUUUAGCCAGCAUCCCAGAAUGGCUAGCCAUGGCUCAGCAGAAGGCAGAUACAGCAUCAGACACAAAGGGCCAGCAAGAACCUAUUCCCAGUGAUGCAGCCCAGGAGAUCCAGGAGCUAGGGGAGAAGCUUCAAGCCCUAGAAAGGGAGAGAACCAAGGUCGAGGAGGUCAACAGACAGCAGAGUGCCCAACUGGAACAGCUGGUCAAGGAGCUGCAGCUGAAAGAGGAUGCUUGGGCCAGCCUGGAGCACCUGGUGAAGGAGAUGGCCCCACUCCAGGAGGAGUUGUCUGGGAAGGGACAGGAGGCAGACCAGCUCUGGCGACGGCUGCAGGAGUUGCUGGCCCACUCGAGCUCCUGGGAGGAGGAGCUAGCAGAGUUGAGGCAGGAGAAAAAACAGCAACAGGAGGAGAAGGAGCUGCUGGAGCAGGAGGUCAGGUCUCUGACCCGGCAGCUGCAGUUCCUGGAGGCCCAGCUGGCACAGGUGAGCCAACAUGUGAGUGACCUGGAGGAGCAGAAGAAGCAGCUCAUUCAGGACAAAGACCACCUCAGCCAGAAGGUGGGUAUGCUCGAGCGGCUUGCUGGGCAGCCUGGCCCAGAACUGCCAGUGGCAGGUGAGAAGAAUGAGGCCCUGGUCCCUGUGAACUCCAGUCUGCAAGAGGCCUGUGGGAAGCCAGAGGAGGAGCAGAGGGGCCUGCAGGAGGCACAGUUAGACCAUACCAAGGUGCAAGAGGGCAGCCAGGAGGAAGAGCUCCGGCAGGCCAACAGGGAGCUGGAGAAGGAGCUACAGAAUGUGGUUGGGCGUAACCAGCUCCUGGAGGGCAAGCUGCAAGCCCUGCAGGCUGAUUACCAGGCUUUGCAGCAGCGGGAAUCAGCCAUCCAGGGCUCCUUGGCCUCCCUGGAGGCCGAGCAGGCCAGCAUCCGGCACUUGGGUGACCAGAUGGAGGCGAGCUUGCUGGCUGUAAGGAAGGCCAAGGAGGCCAUGAAAGCCCAGGUGGCAGAGAAGGAGGCCACUCUACAGAGCAAGGAGGGCGAGUGUCAGCAGCUGCGGGAGGAGGUGGAGCAGUGCCGGCAACUGGCAGAGGCCCGGCACAGAGAGCUUAGGGCUCUCGAGAGCCAGUGCCAGCAGCAGACCCAGCUGAUUGAGGUCCUCACAGCAGAGAAAGGCCAACAGGGAGUUGGCCCACCCCCCGACAAUGAAGCCCGUGAGCUGGCUGCCCAGCUAGCCCUGUCUCAGGCGCAGCUGGAGGUCCAUCAGGGGGAGGCCCAACGGCUGCAGGCUCAGGUGGUGGACCUCCAGGCCAAGAUGCAGGCAGCCCUGGAUGACCAGGACAAGGUGCAGAGCCAGCUAAGCAUGGCUGAGGCUGUCCUGAGGGAGCAUAAAACCCUUGUGCAGCAGCUGAAGGAGCAGAAUGAAGCCCUUAACAGAGCCCAUGUCCAGGAGCUGCUGCAAUGCUCGGAGCGUGAAGGGGCGCUGCAGGAGGAGAGGGCCGAUGAGGCCCAGCAGAGGGAGGAGGAGCUGCGGGCCCUGCAGGAGGAGCUGUCCCAGGCCAAAUGCAGCUCCAAGGAAGCACAGUUGGAGCACGCUGAGCUGCAAGAGCAGCUGCACCGGGCCAACACGGACACAGCCGAGCUGGGCAUCCAGGUUUGUGCACUGACCAUGGAAAAGGAGCGAGUGGAGGUGGCACUGGCCUGUGCUGUCCAGGAGCUCCAGGAUGCCAAAGAGGCAGCCUCAAGGGAGCAAGAGGGCCUGGAGCGCCAAGUAGCUGGCCUGCAGCAAGAGAAGGAGAGCUUGCAGGAGAAGCUGAAGGCGGCCAAGGCAGCAGCCAGCUCACUGCCUGGCCUGCAGGCCCAACUCGCCCAGGCCGAGCAGCGGGCCCAGAGCAUCCAAGAGGCUGCACACCAGGAGCUCGACACCCUCAAGUUCCAGCUGAGUGCUGAAAUCAUGGACUACCAGAGCAGACUUAAGAAUGCUGGUGAAGAGUGCAAGAGCCUCAGAGGCCAGCUUGAGGAGCAAGGCCGGCAGCUGCAGGCUGCUGAGGAAGCUGUGGGGAAGCUGAAGGCCACCCAAGCAGACAUGGGAGAGAAGCUGAGCUGCACUAGCAACCAUCUUGCAGAGUGCCAGGCCGCCAUGCUGAGGAAGGACAAGGAGGGGGCUGCCCUGCGCGAAGACCUAGAAAGGACCCAGAAGGAACUCGAAAAAGCCACAACAAAAAUCCAAGAGUAUUACAACAAACUCUGCCAGGAGGUGACAAACCGCGAGAGGAAUGACCAGAAGAUGCUUGCUGACCUGGAUGACCUCAACAGAACCAAGAAGUAUCUCGAGGAGCGGCUGAUAGAGCUGCUCAGGGACAAGGAUGCUCUCUGGCAGAAGUCAGAUGCCCUGGAAUUCCAGCAGAAGCUCAGUGCUGAGGAGAGGUGGCUUGGAGACACAGAGGCAAACCACUGCCUCGACUGCAAGCGGGAGUUCAGCUGGAUGGUGCGGCGGCACCACUGCAGGAUAUGUGGCCGCAUCUUCUGUUACUACUGCUGCAACAACUACGUCCUGAGCAAGCACAGUGGCAAAAAGGAGCGCUGCUGCCAAGCCUGUUUCCAGAAGCUCAGUGAAGGCCCUGGCUCCCCUGAUAGCAGUGGCUCAGGCACUAGCCAGGGAGAGCCCAGCCCUGCACUGUCACCAGCCUCACCUGGGCCCCAGGCCACAGGAGGCCAAGGAGCAAAUACAGACUACAGGCCACCGGACGACGCUGUGUUUGAUAUCAUCACAGAUGAGGAAUUGUGCCAGAUACAGGAGUCCGGCUCCUCCUUGCCUGAAACACCCACUGAAACUGAUUCUCUUGACCCAAAUGUAGCUGAACAGGACACUACAUCAACCUCGCUAACGCCUGAGGACACUGAAGACAUGCCCGUGGGGCAGGAUGCGGAAAUCUGCCUGCUGAAGUCUGGAGAACUGAUGAUCAAAGUACCCCUCACAGUGGAUGAGAUCGCCAGCUUCGGGGAGGGUAGAAGGGAGCUGUUUGUGAGGUCCAGCACCUACAGCCUGAUCCCCAUCACUGUGGCCGAGGCAGGCCUCACCAUCAGCUGGGUCUUCUCCUCUGACCCCAAGAGCAUCUCCUUCAGCGUGGUCUUCCAGGAGGCCGAGGACACACCGCUGGAUCAGUGUAAGGUCCUCAUUCCCACGACCCGAUGCAACUCCCACAAGGAGAACAUCCAGGGCCAGCUCAAGGUUCGCACACCCGGCAUCUACAUGCUCAUCUUCGACAAUACCUUCUCAAGGUUUGUUUCUAAAAAGGUACUUUAUCACUUGACGGUCGAUCGGCCUGUGAUCUACGAUGGAAGUGAUUUCCUGUAGCUUCAGCACCUCAGUAACUUCACUUCAUCCACAGGAAACACUAGUCUUCCUCACCUGUCACAUAAAGCAUUUUUUUAAAAAGUCAGCUGCUCCAAAAUCAUCAACUCUGCCCCUCUGGAAGAGAGGCCCUGGGCUGCCCCUCAGAGGCAGCGUCCGGGGAGGACUUUGUGCUCAGCACUCUGCAUCGGCCACUGUUAGCCCCCGAGGCUUUGAAGGGCUCAGGCAAUGUUUCCAUUAAGUAGAGACUCAGCUGUUCUCACACCCAAAGGAAUGCUCUGCCAAAGGUUUAAACACCCGGGAGACCAUCAGCCUCUCCUGGGAGCACGGUUGGCUACAGGCCUCUUGUGGAGAGUUUCACGGGCAGGGGUGAUUCCAACUUCUGCCUGUGGGGAGAUUUUCUGCCCUGCCCCACCAGGGCCCUGCAUCUUGGAGACCUGAGCUGGGUGCCCUGGCCAUGCCCUGUGAAUCCUCGGACUGUGACACCCUCAGGUACUCCCAGGAAAAGGAGGUACACAGCCAUCAUGUGAGUCAGGGUGCCAGGGGACUCCCCUGAGAUCCUGACCAGCUCCUCCAGUCAUGCUCUUGUCCCUCGCUGCCCCAGUAAGCUGGAGGCUGCUUCAGAACUUAGCAGUGUUGGAGGGGCCUCUAAGCUGCACUCUCUUUCUGGCCCUUUUGUCUGGGUGAUUCUGUCCUCAAAUAAAGCCCUUCACUCAGCCAGGCCUCUUCACAGCUCAAAGCAUUGCCCUAAGAAUCAGAAGCAAAGAUAAUCCAAGAACAAAACCCACUGUGCUUGGGGCCUGCAGUGGCUGUGUGUACACUACAUCUAAUGCCCAAAUGCCAGCCAGUGUGGAUGUCGUGACCACAUAGCAGGAUUGUGCAUUGGCUUUAGAGCUACUCCUCAGCUCAUGGCCCACUUUUGUUUAUAUAAAUAAGAGCUUCUGCCCCACCUGCAGACAUGUUUACUAAUGAUCAUAGCCAGGAUUAGAACCACUUUCAAACAUUGGGGCCUUCUUAACAAAAGUCUUUGAUAACUUAAGAACCAAAGUAACAGAGUAAACAGAGGCAUGAUGGAUCCCUGGGCCCCACUCCCCUCCUGACAGGUUCCCCAACAGCCCAUUUGCCCACUUCCCACUGCUCAGCCCACACCAGACCUCCAGGAGACAUCCCCCCUUGAGGCAGAGAUAUCCUGUUCCCUGUUCCCAGACAAGAAUUAGUUAAUCUUCCCUGUUCUCUGUGGUCCUUUUCUUCCCCCACAGCAGAUAGCUCACCUUGGACAGCUCUUCAUUCCUUGUUCAUGGAACCAGCUGCCCGCAGUCAGGCCCCAGGUUCUUCCACGGGUGAACAGAGCAUCUGACAAAAGGUCCCACUUUGGCCAGGGGUGAGGGAGAGAGCACCAGACAGGCUAUCCGAGAAUCUGAGAGCUGGGCCUGGCAAUUCCUCCAGCACCCUUGUGACCCAAGUCCAGUCACACAUUUCCCAAAGUUUCUCUUUGUCAUAACCCUGGUCUGGCUGGUUUUGAGGGCUUGAGAAUGGGUCAGGGACUCCAGGCCAAGUCCAACAGAGACCCCAAACCCACCACACACCAGCAGCCACAACCUCACCACCAACAAAGAGGACUCUUGUGGGGCCACAAGUAAGAGGUCAUUUCUGGAAUGGACUCAGAUCUUUAAACAGGACAGUUGGGCACUUCCAGUCAGUUUUUAAGCAAGGCAUGGGGAACGGGGAAUAGAACCUUUCAAAGAGGUUGCCCAGAGAAAAGCUGGGCCUCUUGCAUUCGGCUUCCUCGGAGCAGCCUCUUCUGGCAGAAAGCCAUCAGGUGCUCAACCAUCUUCCCCUGGCCAAGGUUCUGACCAUGCUUAGUACUGGAAUAGAAGUGGCCAGGCCCCCAGCAACUCUUCUUGGCCUCAUGUUUGUCCUCACAGGCAUGCCACGUGGCCUGAGAUGAUUCAGAGCAAAUCAUGCUAACUUUGAAUCCAUCCAGCCACUUGCAAAGGAUAAUCAGAAGUCAGCUUGUUCACUGUUAGAAAGAAACUAACAAAAGAGAACCCAGAGCAAUCUAGAAUCUUUGAGUGCUUGGCUUUCCAAGGAUACUGCGGAGACUCUGGCCAAGCUGAUGACCUUCUGAAGUGUCACUGGCACCAUAUGCAACAAGAACCACCAUUCACUGAGUAGCUAAUGGGUUUGGGGCCUGAGACAGUCCAUCUGAGGUCCUUCCUGAACAUGUCACUCAUCACAGCAGAGGACCAGUUGCAGCUUACCCAGGACCACUCCUCCAGGACAGCUGGAUAUCUUGCAUGCACCACCUUCAGCGCUGACUGCUGUUGUUCAAAAAAAGCCUUUGCUGCAUUCGGAGGACUGCCCCGUGCCCUGAGGUGACUUCCUAACUAUGUGGUUUCAUUAGCGAAUUUAUUUUUUGUGCUGGGUGGACAUUUGUAUUUUAUUAGGUUGCUGUUUAAGCUCAAGUUUGCUGUGCUCUCUGCAGCUACAAAACAUCUUGGCAUAUUUAAGAGUGGCUUUUAUAAAUAGCUUUAUUCUGAUAUUAGUCAGAUUCCCAACUUUACUGAGAAUUAAGGACUGGGGUACUUCAAAAAAAUGCAAAUAACAAUUGAAGAACCACUGCUGCAGGUGGUAGCCCUGGCUAGACUGAAUUACACUAGAAAUCAGCCAGAAGGAAGUGUCCUUGGGAUCCCAGAUCACUCUUUUUUUCAAAAAAAAAAAAAAAAAGAGGGGCAGCCCCUUGAUGGCUCAUCUCUCUGAAUAACAGUCACGUCUUCAUAUCGAUACCAGAUGCCUUCAUCAUGCCACUGAAGCCACUCACCACCUUCAAGAACAUGCCAACCUCUGUCAGACGCACCUACCCACAAACAAGGAGGCACGUUUGGCACAAAGUGUUGUCCUCCAGGUUCAAGUGGACUCUACGAGUGCUUGACCUCAACACACUGGAUUCCAGGUGGACUGGACCAAGAGCAGGCAAAGACACGGGAACUGAAAAACUCCACAGGGUUUGGAAAAUAGAAAUGAAAAGCCACAUCAUAUAACUCAAGAAUAAAUGGUGUUUUGGAAAUUUUAAAAUUAUCAUUGAAGGUGGUGAAACUAUUUCAGGCCCAAAUGAAAGGAAAUCCCCAGUUGGGGAUGAAAUCACAGAGCCUAUGUUUUAUGAUAUGGUUGGAUGUCCACUGAUGAAAUUUUAAAGGAGUUUCAUUUUUAAAAGUGCGCAUGAUUCUACAUAUGAGAAUUCUUUAGGCCAAGAAACUGUCCUUGGCUCAGAGGUGUUGGGAAUUAAAGCAGAGAGAAGCCAUUCGUGAUGCUUAGAACCAAGGAUGGUCAUGUACACAAAGACCAUCGAGACGGCCAUUCUUGUUUACAAAACACUUACCAAGAAAGCACUUUGUAGGGGAACCUUAGUAAGUUCUUCUCAUUUCAUUACGUUUCUUCAAAGGAAACAGGAGAGACUGAAUUAAUAAUUCUCUCUUUCCUCUUAAGCACUUUUAAAAUAAUGAAGUACAUCUUGAAAUUUUGGGAGGCAUCUCUGAUUAAAAAAAAAAAAAAAGGCUGCUUGACGUAUGUUAUGCAGAGACACUCUGCCUCUGGUGGCUGCAGAGCAACACCCAAGCCUCGUUUGGAAGGCUUAACAUUUGGAAUUGCACUUUAAUUGAUUAAUCCUCAAUUCAUGUGGCCUUACGGGAUGGUGGGUCUGGGACCCCAAUUCAUUCUUAUCUGCCAAAGAAUUAUCUAGAAGCACACCAAAUACCAGCAUCCCACCUGCACAAUGGGGGUGGAAAACUUUUGUAUCCCUAAGCAUAUUAUUUUAUAGUGUCUGCCAUGCCAUGUGGAAAUACUUUACUUUUUAACCUCAGGAUUUAAAUAAAGUAAACACUAUGACAUUUAGA